UCAUCGAUUAUCGGUGGUAAAAAAUCCGAAAAUAAUAAACAAAAAAUGGUAGCGGUAGCAAGUGAUCAAGUUAAUCCUAAAAAUUCAACAUUAAUUUUUAUUUUAAGCACUUCAAAUUUAACGCUUUCCGAACAAAUUCAAUCACUGAAGAUACAUCGUCCUUCAAGUCUAACUUUAAUUGGAAUUACUUGCGCAGAAACGAUUGAGUCUAUGUUUCCAAAUUGGGUCAAUUUAGCUUUUCAAAAAACAGAAAAAGAUUUUUAUUAUCUACCAUAUAAUUUAAAUAUGCCUGGCAGCAUCAUAAGUCGACCAAUUGAACAAUAUCCACUUGAUUCACCAAUUACUGUACAUGGGCAAGCUUGUGCUACACUGAUCGGUCAAGGCAUUUUGCAUGCUUGUUAUGAACCAACCGCUGUAUACUUAUCCUCUCAUAGACUUAUUGUUUAA